AUGGCUGCGGGAUUGAAGACCGUCAUUUUCCUGUCGUUCGUGCUUGCCGCGGGCUUCCUCCUCGUGAUCCUCAGCUGCGCGCUGUGGAACAACUGGCUGCCCCUGCUUGUCGCCUUCACAUUCGUCCUUGCCCCUCUGCCUAACUCGAUCUGCUACCGGUGCGCGCGCGCCGACGAUAUCUCGCCGGAGUACAACUCGGCAUACGUCGACUUUGGGCGUUUCCUCACCGGUGUGCUUGUGGCGACCGGCUUUGGCCUCCCCAUUAUCCUGGAGCACUCGGAUGUCAUCCAGCCCGGAGCGUGCUGGAUGUCGAUCGCAGGUGGCCUGCUUGUCUACGGCACAAUUCUCGUUUACUCUGGCUGGUUCGGGCAGGACAACGACGACGACGCGUUCUAGGUCAUC